AUGUUUCGAUGUAUACCUUUGUUCAAAUGUAAUCGCCAAGUGGAAUGUGUCGACAAGCGGCAUUGCUCGUUGCCAACAGUACCUGAAGACAUUUUGAGAUAUUCCAGAAGUUUAGAAGAGCUCUUUUUGGAUGCCAAUCAUAUCAGAGACCUGCCGAAGAACUUCUUCAGACUUCAUAGGCUAAGAAGACUGGGCCUCAGUGAUAAUGAAAUUCACAAACUUCCAGCAGAUAUACAAAAUUUUGAAAAUUUAGUCGAGCUAGAUGUAUCUCGAAAUGACAUUCCCGACAUCCCUGAUGAUAUUAGAAAGUUACGGGCACUGCAGAUCGCGGACUUCAGUAGCAAUCCGAUCCCGCGCCUGCCAGCCGGCUUUAGCCAGUUACGGGCCCUCACCGUCCUGGGCCUCAACGACAUGUCGCUCACCAGCCUGCCCAACGACUUCGGCAGUCUGAUAUCUCUACAGUCCCUAGAGUUGCGAGAAAAUUUAUUGAAGUCUCUACCAGAAUCUUUGAAGAACUUAACCAGAUUGCAGAGACUGGAUCUCGGCGAUAAUGAUAUUGAAGAAUUGCCGGGAUUUAUUGGUGAGCUACCGGCGUUGGAAGAACUGUGGUUGGAUCAUAACAAACUGCAGUAUUUACCUCCAGAAAUUGGAAACCUUAAGGCACUAAUAUGUCUCGAUGUAAGUGAGAACAAGCUAGAGAAGAUUCCUGAAGAAAUUGGAGGUCUUUGUUCCUUAACCGACUUGCACCUUUCUCAAAAUAUGUUGGAAACGGUUCCUGACGGUAUAGGCGAUUUAUCCAAGUUAGCUAUAUUGAAGUUGGACCAAAAUAGAUUACAUACAUUAAACGAAAAUGUAGGAAGAUGUACAAAUCUUCAAGAGCUUAUAUUAACGGAGAAUUUUUUAUUGGAGCUGCCUAACUCUAUAGGGAAUCUCAAAGAACUAACUGUACUGAAUGUAGAUAGGAAUACACUGGCUGAAAUACCGAUUGAUAUCGGUAAUAUGUCGUUACUGGGUGUGCUAUGCUUAAGAGAUAAUAAACUUACAAGAUUACCAAACGAACUGGGAAACUGCAAAUCGCUACAUGUUUUGGAUGUAAGCGGAAAUAGGUUACAAUACUUACCAUACACUUUAGUGAACUUGGAGUUGAAAGCGGUUUGGCUAUCUGAGAAUCAGGCGCAACCAUUAUUGACCUUCCAAACGGAUCGAGAUGAGACAACGGGAGAGAAUGUUCUCACCUGCUUCUUGUUACCUCAGCUUAGUUACACACAGCAACCAGAGCUGGAACACACAUCAGAGGUCGGCAGUGGACACUGGUUCAGGGAACACAGAUUUAAUUCACAAUCGCAAGAGCUAGAUAGAGUAAGAGAAUCGUGUAUCUCGCGUGACCGAGAUUCAGACAACGAGGACUGGGAACAAAAAGAGAACUCUCGCACGCACUCCGUCAAAUUCACCGAAGAUAUUCCUGAACUCAAAGAGACACCAUUUGUCCGUCAAAAUACACCUCACCCGAAAGACUUAAAGGCGAAGGCACAUAAGCUCCUUGCUGGGCGAUCUCCGGAAGCAAACCUUCAGCAGGCUGUCAAACAAGAAGCGCCUCCUACUACUAACGGAAUCCCUAUGUCUCCACCCGAACACGUUGAACACCCUGUGGAAACUAUUGAAGCGGCAUCACCUCCAGAACAAACGAAAGAGGACGAUAGCGACACCCAGACGGCUGCAGAUCGAGAGUCUUCUGAGGGCGAAAACGAUGAAAAUGACGACUCCGAUGAACUAGACCGCGCGCCGCGACGGGUGGCAUGGCGUGCUACGGUAGAAGAGCGCGGUGCGGUAGCCGGGGGCCGGCUUCACCGACGCGACACCCCGCACCACUUGAAGAACAAACGCGUCAAUCAGAUGGACGCACGGCGCGCGCGUGACCUUAUUGCGCAGGCAAUAAAGAAACGCGAGCAGCAGGAAGAACAGAAAACUGAUGAUGAGGAAACCGCCGAUGACGUCCAUGAUGGUGAAUCUGUGUCCGAGCGAGCUGAGAGCGAAGCUCGUGUAGUGAACGAUCAACGAUGCAUCGAAGUUCGAAUCGCGCGCACUGCCGGCGGACUCGGUCUGAGCAUAGCUGGUGGACGAGGCUCGACGCCCUACAUCGGUAACGAUGAUGGCAUAUUUAUAUCGAGAGUCACCCAAAGUGGGCCCGCUUACAUGGCUGGUCUUAGGGUUGGCGACAAGGUACUCUCCGUGAACGGUACAUCUGUGAUAGAUGUGGAUCAUUAUUAUGCAGUGGAAGUACUUAAAGCAAGCGGACCCACGCUCACACUUGUCGUGACCAGAGAUUCACCCAGUUCAACCAGAACUCACAGUCGAGCACCGAGUGGAGCAAGCCAUCAUUCCGUGUCAAGUAACACCGAUACCGUCUCCACUUUGGAAAAUGGACAGGUUUUAACUGGCCGAGGUUUACCGACUAAACCGCUGAUCAUUAGUAACCAGUAUGCGGAGGAGUUUGAACCUGAAUACAAGGAUAUGAGGCCAACUACGCCAAUGAAUCACAACCAAGCCGUGCCUACGGUGGUUACAAAUCUCGAAACCUAUAGUCCGUCGCCUACAGGACAAGCUCCUUCGGAUAGUUAUCAACGACUGCAAGCAUCACCACCACCGCUAGCUACAUCACCUUAUAUACCACCCGUAUAUCAACAAAAAGUGCUAGUCCAUACAACACUGAUACGGGACGGAGCAGGUCUCGGUUUCAGUAUAGCGGGCGGUAAGGGUUCGCCUCCAUACCGGGAUGAUAGCGAUGCUAUAUACAUCUCCCGGAUUUCACCGCAAGGCGCCGCCGCCAAGGACGGCAAGAUGCAAGUCGGUGAUAAAGUAGUCUCAAUAAACGGCGUAGAUAUGGAAAGCGCUCCUCACGAAGCAGCUGUAUCCCUUCUUACCGGUCACGAGAGAUUUGUAAGACUGGUUCUACAAAGAACCAUCACUACAGAGCAGGGAGAGUUACUGCCGCGCAAGUCGACGUCAGAUGAAGUGAGGGAACACAAGACAAGCCUGCAGAAUGUGAACAUCGCACCGACGCCAAAACCCGCCACAAACCACAUAAGCACACCUGUAGUUGACAACCACACUAACACUCACACAGCACCUCGUGUGUCCUCACACGUCGCACCGCCUGCACACUCACAACCAAUCGUACAGCCUGCCGUACAACCUGUGGUACAACCACAGAAACAAACAACUUUUGCACCCACAACUACCGUCCCACCGCAACCUGCACCGCGUAAACUGAGUCAAACUAACGGACAGGCCAAAACCCCAACUAACAGUGCGAGCACGCCACUAACACCAAGUGCCGACAAAAUGCACGGAUCUACUGAAGAAGUCUUCGAUGACAUUCAGCCUUCGCGGCCGAUCACGACCGAGGAGUUCCAAGCGAUGAUCCCUGCGCACUUCCUGGGCGGGGCGCGCGCACGCACGCCGAGCGAGCCGCCGCCGAGCGGCGUGCGCGUCACCGUGGAGCGCGCCGCGCCCGCCGUCGUGCUGCCGCCGCCGCCCGCCGCGCUCGGCCGCGUCACCGAGACUAUCACCAAGUCCACCUUCACCGAGACGACGGUCACUCGCAUCACUGACAAUCAACUCGUCGCACCGCUCAUCAUCGAAGAUGUCACGUUACUUAAAGAAGGAGGAUCUCUCGGCUUUAGCAUCAUCGGCGGCACUGAUCACUCUUGCGUACCGUUCGGUGGCAAGGAACCAGGAAUCUUCAUAUCACAUGUAGUGCCAGGUGGUGUCGCUGCGAGAUCAGGCAAGCUUCGUAUGGGUGACCGUCUCAUAAAAGUAAACGGCACAGAGCUUACCGGUGCCACUCAUCGUGACGCCGUACAGCUGCUGUUGCAACCUGGCCCUACGCUCAUGCUCUCCGUGCGACAUGAUCCAUUACCUCAGGGUUUCCAGGAAUUAACCAUAGUCAAACAAGAUGGCGAAAAAUUGGGAAUGCAUAUAAAAGGAGGUUUGAAUGGUCAGCGGGGCAACCCGAACGAUCCAAACGACGAGGGUGUGUUUAUAUCAAAGAUAAACAGUGGUGGUGCUGCCAGAAGAGACGGUAGACUGAAGGUUGGCAUGCGGCUGUUAGAAGUGAACGGCGUGUCGCUGCUGGGCGCGACGCACAACGAAGCCGUGAACGCGCUGCGCUCCGCCACCCACGCGCCGCUGCACCUCGUCGUGUGCCACGGGUACACGCGCCCAGACAAAUACAACACUACCGGUAGCGAAAGCGGGACGGCGGAUACUGGCGGCUCUCUGUCGCACUCAACGUCAAGCCUGGAUAGAGAUGAACCGCUGCAUCAACAACAGGAGCAACAAUUUCAACAGGAUCUAGUUGAGUUUGAACACGAGAAACAAGUCGCUGAAAUGAGGGAAAAAUCUACUCCUGAAAAGGUACUGGACAUAGUCCACGCAGUAGAAAGCAUGGCUCUUGAGCCUGCACCACCAAUAUCGCCCGAACUGCAGCACAAAACGACUACUGUCGUUAUGUCCAAACACACGCUUCAACCUCAGUCGUCUAGUUCGCAAGUGGCGCCCCUCUCGCCGCUCGCGGCGUUCACCCAGCAGAAAGUGAAGACGCCGCUCCCCUCCGCACCGACUCCCCCGCCCACACCCGCUGAUGGCACGUCCGUGGACCCGCCGCCGUCACCGCUGCGGCGACCGUUGCAACCACCACCCGCGCCGCCCACAGAGCCUCUCCCUGCCAAACAAAAACCUCAAGUGCCUCGUAAACCACAAACAAAGCGAGUUAGUUUCAUUGAAGAAACGCCGAAUGAGCCCGAACGAUACCCUUUAUUGACGAACGAUACGAAUACAAUAUUCCAAUCUUCGAUGCAUGAGCAUGAUGACGAGCAGAUGGGGCAAAUCAUCGAUACUAACGAUGCAUGCGAGGGAAUGAGCUCCUUACUAAUCCGAAAUCAAACUUCAACUCAGCUGGAACUCUCGAGACCGGUCCCCAAAGCGAGUCGAGUCCUUCACGCUGAUCUCAUCAUCCCUCCUCCGCCUUUGUUUGAUACUUAUGUAAGUGAUAGUGAGUUACUUGACGAUGAAGAUUACGAGGCAAUUUUACCACCUAUCACAGUUAUACCUGAUCGGAUCAUGCUACCAGAGCCUGCGGUGGCUGAAACAUCCAUGCAGUCCUCUAACUCAACCAAUUCUCCUGAAACCGAAAAUCCUCCCCCUUUAAAAUACAAUUCCUUUCCAAUCUCGGGGCCGGUCGUAUCUGUUGCACCUAUUCGUUCUGUAAUUAUAUCAGAAGUGCCUUCGACUCAAGUCUUCCGUAUACCUGAACUUCCUGCAGUUGAAAAUGAUGGAUAUUAUAACGAACUUUCUGUUAGUCCCGUUGGGGAACCAAACCCACCCGAGCUGCUACAUGCUCAGUAUAAAACUUUACCUACUGUAUCACAUGUACCUAAUUCUCCAUGCAGUUUACACCCAGAUCAAGCCUAUUUUGAUGAUCGUACCAUGCAUGGUCCUCUCCAUCGUUCCUUAAGAGAUUUGAGGACGGACAUUAUUUCACCCGCUUUGAUUCAUUCUAAUACGUAUCCACCAAUUAAUCCUUAUCCAUCUUUAACUACUGUAUCCGGAACGUACAAUCCAUACACUUGCACUGUCCCAGUAUGUUCUUCUAAUCAAACUGGUCAUAUUAUGAGUCACAAAUCACAGACCGCUCUAGUCAGUACUUUAGGACAAGAUAUAAAUGCAAAUGUCACUUCUGGUAUACCCGUUACUGACAAUAAUGCGCCAAAAAGUAUUCAGUCAGAGAGAAGAGUUCGUUUCGGUGAGGUAACAACACUGGACGAAACCGAUAGAUUGUCAGACAAUUCGGAACCCUUGAAGGAAGGCAGCCCUACGCCCGCAUCUACCCUGAAACCCGCAUGGAGCAGCAAAAUCAAAUCCUUCGCCAUCGGCGAGGCUUCCCCACCUCAUUCUGGUAAUUUUGUGAAAGCAUCUGUCAGCGAUAAGAAAAAAUUCUUCGAAAAUGCUAUGGAAGAAAGUCAUAAACCAUCGCCAAAGCCAGAUAAGGUAUUCACAUUCCUAUCAGCGGAUGAGGUGGAAAAAUUGAAGCAAGAAGAGGAGAAGAAGAUGGCAUCUCUGUCGCGAUCAGAGCUCGGCUCGUGGUCCCCAGGGGAGGACCGGCAGAGUGGAGAUAGCUCGCAUUCCGAUGACGAACCCUACGAGAACGGCCAUAGUGUUUCGGGCGGUGUGAGUCCGUCAGCAAAGUCCCAACGAAGACGAGCUGGUCGCGAUGGUGAAGUUGAAGAUGCGGCCACCCGCGCGGCUAGGCGGGCGGCCUGGCGAGCCGCGAGACUGCGGUCACUCGAACAGGAGGCGCUCGAGUCACAAAAAGCAAUAAAGAGCAUGGUGGGACCAGCCAGUGACAUCCUGGAAGAUGUACCACCAAGAGACAAAUCUCCGUCCGAGGUGGAAACAACGCAAGAAAAGAUAAUAUCCUUGGAAUUGACUACAAGCCCAAGUAGUGAGACAGCUCCUACAGACCUUGAAGAAGUUGGUAUCGGCUUAGGGGAGGCUGGAGAAAACUCUCUACAACCGGAUAUCGUGCAAGUUGUAAACCCUCUACUGGAUGGCGGAGCUGGACAGGUCACCGCCAUCCCUGUGGGGCCCGCGCACAGAGUUACGGCGUACACAGAAACACAACAAUAG